ACUCUGGACUGCUCUCGACUCUCGCUGCUCUGAACGUCUAUCCAACCAUCUCGUGGAGCGCGGAGUAGCUAACUCCGCAAUUUGCCUUCUGAGGAUACUGAUUGGUACAUUCGCUAGUCUGUCAGCCACUGAACUGAACUACGGAAAAUAAGAUCAGAAAAAAUUCCCCGAUCAAACGAAGACAGCACAGCUGACAGCUGUUUCUAAAUUUGAUUUCUCUGAUUUCCAAUGGCCCUCUGAUCGUCAAGGUGCAGUCAUGCAAAACAUCAGCAGCUCCGAUGUCAAGGUGUUCAACAUUAAAUACCCUGAAGUUGCUACCAAAUUGUUUGAAGAAAAAUACAGGAGAAAUGAGCUGAAUUCUUUAGAAUUGAGGGCAUAUUGGCAUGAGCAUGUUCCCAAGAUGUUCAAAGUGGUAUCUCAGGCCACAACCAUGGUCCCAAAGAUUGAAAGCCAGCCUAAUUACAAAGAUGUAUUGAUUCGUCCAGUUGAAGAAUUUAUAUUCAACUCCCUCGGGGGAAAGGAGUAUGCCCUGAAGGAGCUAAGCAAAGUUGAGUCUUCAGUCACCACUUGCGGACAUGUUUUUAGAAAUGGCGAGUCUACAUACACUUGCCGAGACUGUGCCAUGGAUUCAACUUGUGUCUUGUGUGUAUCUUGUUUCCAAAAGUCAGCUCACAAAAAUCACAGAUACAAGAUUACGUCAUCAUCUGGUGGAGGAUGUUGUGAUUGUGGAGAUGUUGAGGCCUGGAAGUCUGAUCCCUGGUGUUCAGAACACAGCGGUGGACUUGAGGAGAUGAGCCCUCAAGGUCAAACAGAUCAAGUUCAUUUGAAAGAGUACAGUAAUCUUGAUGAAUUGAACCAGGACCUUGUAAACAGACUGAAGGUGAUUUUUGAAGGAGUUACUAGGUAUGCAUAUACAUGUUUGUCCUACGUUGACCACCACAUCGAUUCGCCUAUCGAUCAAGUUGACCCAUCCUACUUGCUGCUACCUGGUGCAAAUUCUCAUAUGGAAAUUAAAGAUCUGUACUGUCUGGUCAUGUACAAUGACGAGGUGCAUACCUACGAAGCAGUGUCAACAGCAAUCACUAGAUCAGUUGGCUGCUCUGCUAAUAUAUCCAUGGACCACACUUUGAAAGUUGACAACUUGGGAAGAGCGAUCAUCAAAUAUGGAACUUACGAGUCUUGCUCCGAAGCUAAGAAAAGAAUGAGGGACCAGCUGAUGCGCAAUAUGAACAUACCCCUGAAGACGGAAAUUUUGCAUGAGUACAUUAUUUGUCUUCAGUUCUUUGCUCUGGAGUUGCUCCAAUGGUUGGAAAAUUGGGUGAAAGAAAGCAAAGCUGUCAGACAAGCUUUGUCAUAUGUUUUGCUUGAGCACCAGAUUGAGGACAACAGUCGCUCCUGCAUUCUUGAAGCCAUCAUUCGAAAAGACCCUAAGUUGUGGAAGUCUGCGCGAUCGCAGUGGAAUAAACUUCUGUUCCAUGGUUUGCUCUUUGAUUACAGCACAAAGAAGAGAUUUGCUAGAGUGUUGACGAAUAACUACAAUUCUAUCCUGACGGAGUUCAUGAAUGAUGACCAUGACCUCUCGUUUAGUGUUGCAUCUCUGGCGGUUCAAGUAUUUACAGUUCCUUCACUGGCUGUCUACUUGAUUGAACAUGAAGAUGUCAUAUUCACCAUUCUCAACUCGUUCUAUGAAAACUGUGCUUCACUGUGUCAACUCCGCCAUGACCGAUUUGCCUUCAAUUUCAACAGCAACGCCGAAGUCAAGCGCUUCAAGCGGUCAAUGUAUGUCUUAUGGGAUUUGCGUUACUUGUUAACUUUCAAGCCAAAAUUGUGGACUGUGCCUCUGAAGCAGAAUUUCAUGCAUGGUUUCAGCACGUUCUUGAAAAUUUUAUUCAACAUGCAGGGAAUGCUUUCAUUCACUAGAUAUGUUCAUCAACAUGCAGAGUACGAGCAAGAAUGGGAACUCGCUUUCCACUUGCAUUCAAAAGUAUCUUCUGUGGUUGCGCUGGCUCACGAAUGGUGUGGACAUGACAAAAUUGUACUUAUCAAAGCAUUCAGGGCCACCCUAAAAAAGUUAAAUGAAGCCUCAGUGAAGGAGAGUGUGCAAGGAAUGAGAAAGGCCUACACUGUUGCUAACUGCACUGCUGUCUGUCUCGAGUACGACAUUUCAAAACAACAUGUCAGCAUCCACAUCCCUCUCACCAGACUCCUUGCUGCACUCUGCCUGCACUUGCCCAAGUACAACCUCAAUUUUGAGUCUGAUGAGCUGAUGUGCACUGACUUAACAAUUGAGCAAGUCAUGGAACCAGCUCUGCGUCAAAUGGCGCUUAGAGCGCAGGUUCAAGCCCGAAUGUGGCGUCGCAAUGGAAUCAGUCUACCUCACCAACUGCUGAUGUGCUCAAGCACAAAAUGUAGAGGUGAAAUGCUGGAUUGUGACAUCAUCAUGUUGCAGACUGCUUUGACUCUGAUGAAACCAAACGACUUUCUCAUCACACUGCUUCUUCGGUUCAAUCUGAUCAACUGGGUGCAGCCUUCCUACAUCUAUGAGCAAAGGAGUCCAGAAGAUGACAGUAUUAGGGAGAAAAACACGCUCAUGGAAGAACUGCUUUACACUCUAAUUUGCAUUGUUGGAGAGCGAUACAAGGUCGGCGUUGGCGAAGUUACAGCAGAUGACUGUCUGUGCCAUGAAGUUGUGCAACAAUUGUGCAUUAAACCAAUGACCCACUCUGAACUUAAUGACCAACUGCCGAGGGAUGUGAACUAUGAAACUCAUUUGGAGAGCGUCGUCGACUUAGUUGCUGAUCUCAAGGACCAAGCUCAGGGCAAAAAGGUGUAUGAACUGAAGCCGGAGCGGCGAGAUGAGUUCAACAUGUUCUUCUACCACUUCACCAGAGAAGACUUGAGUAUUGCUGAAGAGUAUCAGAGAACUUUGAGAAAGAAGGAGUCUGCCAUGUUCAACUGUUGUCCACCGCCUUUGCCGCCCAUGUUCACAGGAGCAUACAACAAAGUGUUGGAUGUACUGGAGUGUGAGGUCAUGUUGUCUCUCAUGGAAGCAGUAUUGACUAGGAUCAUGAAUCUGAUGACCCCUUGCUUCUCGGAGCUCCAGCUGCAAGAAACACUUUACUUGAUUGGUUAUGCUUUGUUGGAGGAAGAAAGGCAGUUAAAGGCAAUGGCCAACUCUGGCGUGUCUCCUGAGAGACUGAUUAAGUUCUCAUCCAAAGCGGAAGCUAAUCACAUUCUUCCUACGCUCGUUGAACAACUUUUGAAGGGCAGAAGAAAUGAGGUCGAAGAACAACAUCCCUUUGUUAAUUGGGUGUUAGCGAAAUAUAAGGACGUUCUUAAGUUGAGAGAUAGAAAGGUGGAAGAGCCAUCAACGAGUCGCAGCAAUGCUGAAUCUCCUCCUGAAGAUGAUGAGGCUGCUCAAAAAGCUAAAAAGGCGCGUGCAGAGAUGGUUGCCCAGAGAAGAGCUGGAGUUUUGCAGAAACUUCAAGCCCAGAUGUAUUCAUUCAUGAAAGAAAAUGCUGAUGAAAUGGCUUCUGUUGAUGAAGAUAUGCCAGAAGAAAGCGUAGGCAACCCUUCAGCUGGCGUCAUAGUUGGAGAUCCAGUUGCGUUUGGGCCUGAUCACUGGGCCACAAAGAAAGAAAAAAGAAGAGUUAUUUGCAUCUUGUGCCAAGAGUCCGAGCUUUUGAGUUCCACCGCGAAAGAAUACAAGCCAGUUGUGAUGGCAGCUCUAGUUCAACAAUCGACUGUGCUAAACCGCCAUCGCUCAUCCGUGUUAGAUGACCCAGCAAACAAUAUUGAGGGAAAAAUCCAAAUCACCCCCUGCAAAUCUAGCUCAAACAUGUACCUAUCGAGCAACCUUGGUCCUGCGCCACACGUCAGCUCAUGCGGUCACACCAUGCACAAGUCCUGUUUCGACAACUUUUUCGAUUCAGUCAAGAGAAAGGAGGAGCAGCGGGCAGUUCGCAGAGACCAUUCGUUCUAUGACGUGAGGCACAAGGAGUACCCCUGCCCUCUGUGUAACAGCCUCAGCAACUGUGCUUUGCCCAUUUUCGAGGAGAACUCUGAGAUUGUUGACAGGUGUGCAAGGCAGGAAAACAUAAAUACACAUGAGAAUUUGGCAGAGUGGUCAUCUGUUUAUGAGACAAUCUACCAGGAAGCCAUCGCACACUGGCGCCAUUGUGCUAAAUCCCCUCAUUCUCAUGUGGUCCACGAUGACUGGGACUUUGAAGACCUUUCAGCAAGCAUGCAGUCAUUAGAAAAGAGAACUUGUGAAUUUGCUAUUGAAGAAACUAGUCUGAAGAAGAAAAUGGCCAACUUCAUGAGCCACAACAGUGACAAGAAGAAAAGAUUCAAACUACCAUCACACUUAAAAGACUGCAUGGAUGCCUUUACUGAAGUUGUUUUCAACUGCGCAAAGAUGAGGAAAGACCGAAAUGAUUGGAAACUCUCCAAAUUAAAACUUUCAUACCUCUGGCAAGCAAGCGCGUACACCAUCCACUCACUGGAAUGGCAACAAAGAGAUCCGGAGAAAAGUCUGCUCGGCAGUUUCACUGAGAGACAAGAGGAAACGCUUCGCGCUUUGUUACUUACAUCAGCCAUGGCCCCACACGACAUGCAUCCCAGUAUAAUACAACCCAUAGCUGUGUCAAUUCUGCACACCCUCUACCAGAAUGGCGAAAGCAAUAAUCCUUGCAUCCUAGAAGUUGAUCAUUUCGGAUUCCUAGUUAGCCUUAUCUUCAUCAACUCCUACAUCUUUUCAAAGAGGAACAAAGUGAAGAUUCCUGCCUGUUUUGAGGAGGAUCUGGCCUUGUUGAGACUUACUCUGCUGGCUCAUGUAGUUACUUUGAUGCUUGGCAUGCAUUGGGAGAAAGAAGAAGUUGAAAUGGAAGUGGAAGAGCCUCCUGCGGAUGUUGAAGAGGGAAAGUUGGCGAUGAAGCUUUUGCUGGCAGUCCGCAAUGCUGCAGGGCAGCCUGCACCUCCUUCCUGGCUCAAUCCAGCUAGUUUGUGGAACAGAGUCAUGCAAGAAUGCCUCCCGUUCCUGCGAUGCUGCGCCAUCUUUUUCAAGUACCUGACUGGAGUACCAGACCCUCCAGCAUUGACUGAGUGUGGAGGCGACACUUUUCAGGAGUUGUGUAGAUUUUUGGCCUUACCAGGAAAUUGUGAGGAGCUGUUUGCAACCGACUUUCAUUUGCAAAUCGCAACCAGGUGGUGCCAGCAUCCCAGGAUCAAGAGCACGCUGGGAAGUCCUAGCUUUGUGCGUGGGCCUAUCAAAGUCAACCAGCUGGUGUGCCUGCCAGAGGACUUUACAGAUCUCAUCAACUCAGUAUCAAACGUCAAGUGCAGGACAUCAGAAGAGAAUGCUGCAAAUCCAUCCAUGUGCCUUGUUUGCGGACGAUUCGUCUGCUUCCAUGGAUACUGUUGCGCCGUGAAACUUGAGGAAGGCGUGAGCGUUGGACCUUCCAUGUUUCAUGCCUAUGAGUGCGGUGCAGGGAUUGGAUUGUUUCUCAAAGUCAGAGAGUGCGAAGUGUUUGUCCUCAGGCACUACCAAAGAGGCGUUUACAUCUCUCCUCCCUACGUUGACAAGUAUGGCGAGACUGACGAAGGCCUUCGCCGAGGAAAUCCUCUCACACUGAACAGCAAGAGCUACAAAGAGCUGCACAAACAAUGGCUCUCUCACACGCUUUGUCAGGCAACAUGUAAAAUUUAUGAAGACGGUUACUACCCAAUUUUAACCAACUGGCAAUCACUCUAAGUUGAUACUUAAAAUCUCCCUGGAUUGUUACCUGUAGAAAGCUUUCUGGUAAUUUUAAAUUUUCUUAUAAUGUUAUAUAAAUUAAAAACUUUUAUUGCACUGUCACAUGAGCAUAUUUUUGUUCAUGGAAAUACAAUUACAUUAUAUAAUAAAUAAAAUUUAACCGUUCAAAAGCCCUUGUAAAUUACAAAAAUGAUUUGGUUGAAUAAAUGGAAAUCGUUUUCUUUGCGAA